UGUACUGGUAGCGGCAGCGAGUUUGGAAAUGAUUCUGACGUUUCAUCUAUGCACGAGAAACGAUCUCAGAGUUCCAGUCGUGUCUCAAGCAGCCGAGAGAAGAACAAGAAGCCGCCUUGGAAGUACUGGGGUCGGAGUCAGAUCCCUGACAUCCUGGAUCCGCCAGUCUUCGAGCCAUACCAACCCAUGCAAACGUUUGGUCCUGUGACCGUAGCCAAAAACAUUGCACCGGGUGAAUGGCCCUCAGCCCACUUUGCAAUGGUUAACCACAACGCGGAAUUACAGAGUGCGCAGAAUGAUUCCUCGCGAGUAUACGCAGCCCUUCAGCAGAUCCAGCCCCUCCCAAGCAAACUCACUGAUGGCGGGUAA